GCUUCAAAGCUGCUAAUGUUUGCACUUAGUAAACUUUGUUGUCGAUCUGACCGGUUAACAAAUGAAACUAUCAGUUGUUGGGUGGACAAGAUUCAUAUUUUACCUCAGUGGAAUAUGUUCUUAUGCCUCGUGAAUUUAGGCAUGGAGGCACAUACAAAGUGCUGAGGAAUCUUUUGAAGGACAAGUUGGUGCAUCAUGAUGCCACUAAAUAUGAUGGAUAUCGACUCACCUACCUUGGGUAUGACUUCCUUGCCAUUAAGACCUUGGUUAAUCGAGGAGUAUUUUCUUCAAUUGGCCGUCAAAUCAGUGUUGGAAGGAUUAUUUCUACUGUAUUACAUCCAGAUAUAUUUGAUGUUGCCACUGAGGAUGGUACGGUGCUUGCCAUGAAGCUUCAUAGGUUGGGCAGGAUAUCUUUUAGGGCCGUCAAAUCUAAGCGUGACUAUUUAGUGCAUCGAAGGAGCUAUAAUUGGUUGUACCUCUCACGACUUGCAGCCUUAAAAGAAUUUGCCUUUAUGAAGGCUUUAGGGGACCACGGGUUCCCUGUUCCAACUGCUGUGGAUUGCAAUCGGCAUUGUGUGAUCAUGUGCUUUCUGUUAUGUAAUGUUCAAAUGAAAGAGCUACAAAACCCAGAUGAUGUUUUCGAUACAAUCCUUUGUCUUACUAUUCGCUUGGCAGAGCAUGGGCUGAUACAUUGUGAUUUUAAUAAGUUCAAUAUCAUGAUUGAUGAUGAUGAAAAAGUUAGGGUUAUUGACUUCCUGCAGAUGGUAUCUGUAUCACAUCGUAAUGCCCAGAUGUAUUUUGAUCGAGAUAUUGAGUGUAUCUACAAGUUCUUUAACAAGAGGUUUAAUCUUUCAUCAGAGAAAAGUGAAGAACAAGGUGGAUCCGAAACUGAUGGUGAAGAUAAUGGCAGGCCAUCCUUCCUGUCUAUAGAAAAGUCUGCUGGUUCCUUGGACAAGGAACUAGCUGUCAGUUUAGAAGCCACAGCUUUUGCAAUAUAUUUUGGCGAUGUUUCUCACGACCAUUCUGAUGAGCCUGAUCAUAAUCUUGCCUCAAAGGAUUCUGGUGGACCUGGAACUUUUUCUGAAGAGCAUGGAACAAGUUUUAGUGGCGAGAACAGAUUGAAAAGCCCUCCCUCCGGUAGCAAUGGCAAUGCUAUGGAACCGCUUGAAUCAGGGGGCAAGAUGCUUUCCCAGGGUGAUGAUGAUAAUGACCCAUCGGAAGAUGCUGAUGAUGAGGAAGACGCUGCGCUCACAAGACAACUGAACAAGCAAAGGAAAAAGGCAAUAGCAGCGGCCCAUGGGCGGAGAAGGCCUGUGUCCUCCAGGAAUGCCUACAAGGACAUGGGGAAGGGCACCAUGAACUCCAAAAUCCAGAGACAGGCAUGCAAGGGGUGA